AUGAGCCAUAUCACUGUUAACGUUGGUAGCGGGUCAGCAUGGGAAUACUGGUUAAGUAGCCGCCCCGCCCCCACGCAACCAGCAACUACACAAGCUCCUCCCACUACGGUGCAGCCCACCCCAGCAAUCCCUGAGAGCCAUCCUACGGGCGCUUUCGGUUGCAGGGGAUCAAACCGGUACGGUGGCCGUUUAGAUUUCGACGAAGAUAAGCAGGUGCUACGCAUCAGUGCCACGGUCGGGUCCUGUGGUGUUUCGGCCUCUGACGUCCCCUAUACCAUAACUCCCAUCCCCAAUUCUAACUACGAGUAUUGGGUCAAGCCUGACUAUAGCUCUACUGAUUUUAAAGUACGCCUCGCUGCUUGCCGAGAUCCUUCUAUUAAUGCCGACUUCUUCGACAGUCUACACGUCAAAUCCAACAACGGUGUUCUCAUGAGCGACAUCACUAUCAGUGGCGGUGUAAGGGGGUCUUCGUGGAACUGCUGGUUAGCCAUUUGUCCCACUCGUCCCGUGCCAGGCCUAACUACGAGGUCUCCGCCGGGCCGAACUGCAACUACGUAUGCGCCACCAAUAAGCCACCCCGUGGGAAGCUUUUAUACUUCCAUGAGUGAUGAGUCGGGCGGAUCUCUAAUAUUCCAUCAACAGCAGCAAACUCUUUCCAUUUCUAUCCGACUGGAUAUCUGCGUCGCGACUGCCUAUAACGCUCCCUAUCACGUUACUCCGAUCCCUGGCUCUAAUGGCCAACUCUGGAUCGUCCCCGACUACAGCUCCACGAACUUCGCGACGAAGCUUGACAGCUGUAAUGACGCGGUUGUGAGAAGUGUCCAAUUCCGACGUCUCCGUGCAUCUUCGGAAGGCGGCUCGAUGAAUGAGGUGACGGCUUCUAUGGUUGGUGGUGAAGACAGGGUUUUUGGUCUUGCUGGUGGUCCCCCUCAACCCCCGGCCUACCCAACUCGAUCUCCUGCUACUCCAGCACAUGGGACCCACCCUGUGGGGACCUACGAGAGUAGCGAACGUUCAGACUCUGUUAGCACUAUCGAGUUCUACGAGAACCUGCUUCUGAUGAGUUUGACUAUCAGGCUCGGUAGCUGCACUGCUUCUGUUCAGAACAUUCCCUAUCACAUUGGCCCUGUUCGCAAUCAUGAGGGACACUAUAUCGACGAUAAGCUCUACGUGGGGCCCGACUUCAGCGAAACAGAUUUCACGACACAAGUGGAUAACUGUCGUGACUCUAAUAUCAACGGCGAUACAUUCCAACAGCUGUUCGUUUCCUCGGAGCAAGGCGUACCCAUGA